UUUCAAUUUACCGUUCGACGUCGAGCUGGUGCCCCGCGAGACCGCAUCGGGCCCUCUUUUCUCUCUCUUCACUCCAGUCGAGAGAGUCGCUGUUCGCCGCGCCACGCCGUGCCUAGUGAACGAACGCGCACCGCAGAUACCGAACGCACGUUCACCUGUUGUUUGUUCCUCGACCCAUCCAUCAACAGGUUACCGGCAAAUUCGAUACGAAGGCCGUUUCCGCCGUGGGAAUCCUUCCGAAUCGUGCCUUACUUUCGCGUUUGUUUCGAAUUUUUGUGUUCGCGCUCGACUGUGUGGAAAAUAUUAUAAGCUGUCCAUAUGGAAAAUUUAGCUGCGGAAAAUCGUUGGAAUUAGGAGAAAGAAAUCUAAACUAUUGACGGAAACAGAGCGCGGAGCUGAAUUCUUCCCUUCUUCGAUUCGCUUAAGCCCGAUACACACGCACGUAUACAUACUCACACACGAACGCCAUGGAAACUUGUUUUGAGGUGGAUAAGUUCUACGACAUCGGCUCGGCUGACGACUUGAAAGAACUGUGGGAAUCUGACUUGGACCCGGAGAUGCGAGACGUCUUGAGACUGCAUUCCAGCAGAGAAUCAGGUGGCGACUGGAGCUACAUGGAAAAAGACCUUCCUGGAGUAAUAUUACACGACAGACUAAUGACUGACGCUGCUAUUGGCGCUAGGCCCAUUAAAAAGGAACACAGUUACAGUUUGGCUUCUGAAGGAGACUCCAUGACUGAUUCACCUAUGUCACACGAAAAAAUCGAUGAUGAUAUGGAAGACGAAUGCUAUCCGUCUAUACAGAUGAACACCUCCGAUGAUAGACUAACAGAAGACUCGGUAGAAAUAAAGGAAGAAGUAACCAAUAUUAAGGACGAAUACAGUGAAACAGAUAGUAUUCAAAGUUCGUGUCCAUCAUCUCCUCAGCCACAAUUUGUCAGCAGUAAUGAGAUUCACAUAGACUCAGAAAUAUUAACAAAUACAUUUUUGAAACAAAAUGGUUCACAUAUAGUGCUCACAUCUCCACACUCAAUUAUACCUCAAAGGAUAAAUAUUCCAAAGUUCAAUAUCAGAUUAGCAAAUGGGACGACAUUUCAUUUACCGCCAACGCCUCCAUCGUGUACAAGUAGCGAUGACUCUGAAGAUAAUACUACCAUUUCGCAGCCACCAUCUCCAUCUGUUAGAAAGUUAACCAAAUCGGUGUUACCGCAUCAUACGUCUACCCGACAACCGAUUCACACACCUUUAAUCAGUAGUCAACCAAAAGGAUCAACUGGAAUUCUUAUACUAACGGAAGAAGAAAAAAGGACGUUGAUUGCCGAAGGUUACUCAGUUCCUACACGUUUACCUCUGACAAAAGCUGAAGAGAAGUCGCUUAAAAAGAUAAGAAGAAAAAUUAAAAACAAGAUAUCAGCUCAAGAAAGUCGACGAAAGAAAAAAGAGUACAUGGAUCAAUUAGAAAAAAAAGUUGAAAUUCUAGUCACCGAAAAUAGUGACUACAAAAGGAAAAUAGACACUUUAGAACAGUCGAACGUUAAUUUAAUGGGCCAACUACAAAAAUUACAAGCUCUUGUUGCUCGAACACAUCCUCAAAUUGUCAAGCAGGUUGCCAAAUAAAACUUACCAAGGGAAGUCUUUUAACGUUUAAAAACACUAUAUUUGGGAAGUACAUUGUCAUUUUGUCAUUAAAAGUAGCGUAUUAAAGACAGUAGGUACAUAUAAAUAAUACGACUAUUAUGACCUUUAUUUUGAAAGGGAAAGAACAUGAAAUAAAAUUUAUUUUAUAUACCUCUGGAUUCAGUAUGUAAUUUAUGUAAGAUUUUACUAGUUAUUAUGAAUGUGCUGCUGAUUUAAAUUAUUAAAUUAUCGUCUUCCAUUUAAAGAUCGUGUUUAUAUUUAAGUCACCAUAGAAUAAAACAUAUUACUAAUUUUAUAUAAUUUCAUACAUUCCAUUUACAAGCCAAAGGAGUAUAGUAAAAUUACAUUAAUAUAUUUUUAUAAGAGAAAAGCUUUGGAAGCUAUAAGAGAUUUAUAUAAUUUGGGUGUUGAAGAAAAAUAUUGUUUAAGACAUUUUAAUGUUGAUAUUAAAUUCCUAAAAUAUAUACACUCCAAAAAAUAAUACUAUAUGGAGAAUGCUGUAAAUGACGUUUCGAUUUUUUUUUCAAUUAAAAAAGCUCAACUAGGAAAGUGCAAUAAAAUCGAGUUUUAAUCGAUUUUAAUAGUUCAAAUCAUAUAUCUUUAUGUAAAGUAUUAUUUAUAUUAAUUUCAGAGUUCUCGUCUUAAAUUAUAAAAAGUUUCAUAUUUUAGCAUAUAUUUAUUUAUAGCUUUUAAUAUUUAAAAUUGUUUAUAAAAAAUUAAGAAAAUUAAAAUGGGUUUAUCACUUUUAUGUGUGUAUAGAUUAAAUAUUAAGAGCGAAUGUUACUGUUUUAUAUUUCAUAUUUUUAACACCCUGUUUUUUGUACUUAAAUAUUAUAAAUAUGAAUAGACUUAUUACCGGUACCUAUUUGUGCCUUACUAUUAAAAUUAUUAUAUUAUUAAAUUUCUUAUAAGCAAUCAGAAAAUUGAUGAAAGAUCCCAGUUUUAAAAACAUUGACUUAUUUGACUGAAUAAAUAAAUACUUUAUUAGAUGUUCUGGUUUUAAUAUUGUGGGAAUUUUAAUAAUAUAACAAAAACAAAAAUUGUUUUUGUUUGAAAUUUUAAACGAUAGAUUUUACGAGUACAUUUGAUGUAGUAAAUUGCAGAGUAAAAAAGUAAACUUAACUAUUUUUUAUUAAGUAUUACAUGAUCUACUGUUUUUUACAACAAAUAGUGGGACCAUAAUAUUUGUCACAUUGACGAUAAGAUAGAUGCCUUAUUGUAUAUGUCUGUUGCAUUUACUAAACUGUAUACAGUAGCUUUUCAUGGAAAAUGUUAUGUACGUCUGUUUUAUAGUUACAAUGAAAUAUAUUUAUUUUUAACCGA